UCGUAUCAUAUUACAUUACAACGGAAUAUCAUUAAACGGGAACAGAAUCUACAAUCGAUGUUAUCUUUUGAUUUACUCGACGYUGACAMCAUCGCACGCCGGAAUGUAAUWUGUUAGAAGUGAAGCCAAGCAGUCAGGUUGUCUACAUUUGAAGUGCUAGCCCCACCUACUUCGUAGAGCCAGUCUGCGCGCCCUGUAGCAUUGGCGUACACUCGUCUCACAUGUACAAUGGCAUCAAUUUGAGAUUCUAUAUUCUGAGUGAAACACACACAAAACAUGAGUUCUUUUUCAAUACGAGAUAUUCUGGAUCUCCCAGAGGAUACUAUCCGCACACUACAAGCGAUCAAAUCACCAAUGGAAAUACCACAAGACAACCUCCAAGAAGACACAAGCGAGCUGAAUGCUAAAGAGACAGACGACGACCCUCAAAUCACAAACGAAAUCUCCUCGGAAUCUGGCGAAACACGUUUAGGAAUGGUGGAAAAAUCGGACGAAACAAACCGUGAAUCACACGAGCUUCCAAAGAAACGAAAACGAAGGAUACUUUUCACCAAGGCGCAGACUUUUAUCCUAGAAAGAAGAUUUCAGCAGCAAAGAUAUCUCUCUGCCCCUGAACGCGAAGAACUUGCAAGAAUAGCAAACUUAACACCAGCGCAAGUUAAAAUAUGGUUUCAAAACCAUCGAUAUAAAUUUCGAAAACAAAUGAGYGARAAGGGACCKUGGGAGAAACCCUACAUCUCCGGGCCAUUCCUUACUGGCUCUGGACAGUACUGCAGUUGUGGAACACUAAGUUGUAGCUACCUCAGYUCRCCAUAUCARCCWCCAGAUUAUCUACACUACCCUUCAACAUCUUUCUUACAGCCGGCCGCAUUUUGGUGAGAACAUCGAGCGYAAACGCACUCCUCACCGCAAACAACASCAAUUCUUCGCAUUUAGAAUUGAACAACAUUAAUUUGAACACUUUUACCGCUUGAAAAGCAAAUUGGUGUACGAAUGUAAAACUUGUGAAUACUGCUUAUUUGUACAAUAUCGUAUUUAGACAUUUGGACAUUCACAUAAAAUAGAAACUCUUUGUUUCCUUUCAAUGAAUUGUAUCGGGGAUAUAUUAAACGCAAACUAGUUAACUCAGCUGUGUCGAAGUUGAACUAUAAAAUUGUAUUAGUUGUGUUGAUAUGGUGUUGAAGUCUUUUUUUCUUGUUAAAACAAUGUUUCUUUAAGGAUUAUCAUUCGUGGCUUCUCACCAAAUAAAACGACGUAUUUCUA